UUCAUGUUUACUUUUAAGAUGAGAGCAUGGAUUCGCACCACGGCACCAAAACUAGUUAAACUAGGGGGGGAGGGGUCAGUCAGGGUGGUUAACUACUUCAAGCACUCCUUUUUUUAGUCCCUUUCUUAACCCCAGCCGUGUAGGUUUCCCUUACACACAUGCCUUAAUUGCUGUUUUUUCCUGUUUCCAUGUUUUAAUCUUUUUGGCUUGACUUCACUUUUCCCAGUUCUCUCACUAUUUGUCAAACUUGCUUCUCGUUUUCAGUCUAUGCAAUGCAAGCCAUCCCUUCCCCUUUUUAGUAUUCCCUUUUGUUUAAUAUUUAUGUGCGCAUGAAGAUGACUUUGUAACAGUUGUAUAACAGCAUUUGUCAGAUGAGGAAAAUGAAGGCAUGGGUAACAAGAGUGUGUUUUAUAUGCACCAGACAACAUGAAUAGGCUCAGCUGUCACUCUUCAGCUACUCCUUCCUCUUCUUCAUCCAUGGGGAUGGUGUAUCCAGACAUGGGUUGUCUUUCUCUUGCACCAAACUAUGGUAUUGUUGUUUCUUCCUCACGGGAAAAUGAAAGAGCUUCUUCGGGUUUUCGUUUCAUGGAAAACAGCAAAACAAGGAGCUUUGAGGAAAACCACUGCUCUGAUGCUGUGGAGGGUAAGGGCUCUGAUUACAGUGAUGGGUUUGGAGAUAAUAAUAUGCCAAUUAAUCUCAAUCCCAACUUAAAUGAAGAGAACCCCAAUGAGAAUGCGGUAAGUGGCAAGGAAACAGACAGUGGACAGUCAAAGCUUUGUGCCAGAGGCCACUGGAGGCCUGCAGAAGAUACUAAGCUGAAGGAACUUGUUGCUCUUUACGGCCCUCAGAACUGGAACCUUAUUGCAGAGAAGUUGGAAGGAAGAUCAGGUAAGAGCUGCAGGCUGAGAUGGUUUAAUCAGUUGGACCCUAGGAUCAAUAGAAGAGCUUUUACCGAAGAAGAAGAAGAGAGACUAAUGCAAGCUCAUAGACUUUACGGUAACAAGUGGGCAAUGAUAGCGAGGCUGUUCCCUGGAAGAACUGAUAAUGCAGUGAAGAACCAUUGGCAUGUGAUCAUGGCUAGGAAGUAUAGAGAACAAUCGAGUGCCUACAGGAGGCGGAAGCUGAGUCAAUCUGUUUAUAGAAAGAUGGAAGAAACUCCGAGCAUUGUCUGCAGAGAUGCAGGAAAAAAGGCAGAACCAGCCCCCUACUGUCUCAAUAUUUCGGAUAGACGACUAGGCAUUAUCUCCCACUAUCAGUUUGGGAUCUUCAACGGUGGUGAUGCAGGUGGGGUUAAUGGCGGGUCAAAUGUUUCAUCCCACAUGACCAGUGAGAGAGAAGCAAUCCUAAGCAGCGAGGCCCCUUAUCGUAAUGGGUUUUGUGCACAAGCACAACCGCCACCUUUUGAUUUCUUCCCUGAUCUUAGCAAUGACAUGAUGGGCAUGUUCAGCCAGACCAGAUUUUGGGAUAGGCCCAUCGAUGAAACCCAAGUCCGUGGCUACUAUCCCCAGCGUCAACAUCAGCAGCUGCACCCUUCACACAUGAUGACAAUGCAACAGUCAGAGUUCCUCAGCUCCCAAAGUAACACAGAUUCCACAGCAUCAAUAACACCUCAAGUUUCAGCCAUUGAACCUUCAUCAUCCGUGGCAGGAAGCAGUAACUACAGCCACUAUGAGACUAUUCUACCGCCAUUCAUUGACUUUCUUGGAGUAGGAGCCACAUGAAGUCACCAAUAGACAGGUUUUCCACCUUAAUGUGGAAGAGCUCCAAAGAUAAAGGACAACGAGGUAAAGAGAGAAGAUCUGUUUUCUUCAGAUGGGUGACAGUGGAUAUAAUCUCUGUAACAGUGUCAUAUCCCCCUCCCCCCCAACCAUUUUUUUCCGUUGUUAGGUCCUCCCUUCUCAUCUCCUGGAUCCUGAGACCUUUUCCAAAAAUUUAGAAAACAAAGUUUUAAAAAACAUAUAUUGUAGUUAAUGUCUCAAAUAA